GUUCCAUCUAUUCUAAUGUCUUGUCUCACUUUGCAUGUUAACACUUUCCUUUCCUCCAAGCUGUUAAUCUCUUUAAUAUAUCCUUUCAUUCCCCCUCUUUCUCUCUUUGUUGUUUUCUUUUCUACAUUUCCUCCCAUUCCUCAAGCCUCUGAGAUACUAUACAUUGGACCGGUAAAAGGGAGCAUCUAUUCUAGUCCCGGACUUUACAGCAAGACCAUGACGCCCACCUAUGACUCUCGGGACGGCAGCCCGCUGUCCCCCACCACGGCCUGGUUUGGAGACAGUCCCCUGUCCGAAGGCAAUCCCAGCAUCCUCGCUGUCAGCCAGCCCAUCACCUCACCAGACAUUCUGGUCAAGAUGUACAAACCACAGUCCCUCCUGGACAAGGCCAAGAUCAACCAGGGGUGGCUGGACUCCUCCAGAUCUCUGAUGGAACAAGAUGUGAAGGAGAACGAGGUUCUUCUGCUCCGGUUCAAGUAUCACAGCUUCUUUGACCUCAACCCAAAGUAUGACGCCAUCAGGGUGAACCAGCUGUACGAACAGGCCAAGUGGGCCAUCUUACUGGAGGAAAUCGAGUGCACCGAGGAAGAGAUGAUGAUGUUCGCCGCGCUCCAGGUAUGUGCACGUCAGAGCCAUGGCAGAAUUGAUGUGAACGCGCCGUCUGUUAGGAUUGCUGUGUAAGCCCGGCGUUUGACG